AUGAACAACGAGCGGCACGCGCACAUCUUACUGAGGGCUCUGUCUGCGCUCGCGCUGCUGCUGACCGUUACAUUCGCCGCCGACUCAGCCAACGGAAGGCGUUUAAAAAAUGUGGUUACAAAGCUGGAACACUAUGAGAUUAUGGUACCUCUGCUGCUGGAUGGUAAAGAGCAUCAACCCAUCAGCUAUCUUCACUCUCAUAAUCAUCCAAAAUCACUGAAGAUACUGAUAGAAGCAAAAGGUCGGCCAUUGAUCCUCUCCUUAGAGAAGAACGAGGGUCUGUUCAGCAGCAAUUACACUGAAACCCACUUCAGGGAGGAUGGACAAGCUGUGACUGGAACUCAUAACCUUACGAUGAACUGUUAUUAUCAUGGUGAGGUAGAAGGAUACAUCAAUUCUGAUGUGGGUCUCAGCACUUGCUCUGGUCUCAGGGGGUUCAUCCUGCUUGAAAAUGAGAUGUUUAUGGUGGAGCCGGCUUUUGAACCAGAAAACGAUACUCAUGUGGUUUACAGAGGUGAACAUUUACACUUCCCUUCUGGAACCUGCGGCCAUGGACACAACAUCUCCAUCAUCAAACAAGGAAAUGUUCAAGGACUGUUUCACUCCCUCUACCCCAGGCCUAAAAGAGAUGCACAGAGGACCACUAAAUAUGUGGAGCUCAUUAUUGUAGCGGACAACAGGGAGUAUCAUAAACAGGGCAAAGAUGUUGAGAAGGUGAAGCAAAGAAUGGCUGAAAUUGCCAAUUACGUAGACAAGUUUUACAGGGCCUUGAAUAUCCGGGUAGCUCUGGUGGGGUUGGAGGUUUGGAGUGACUCAGACAAAUGUUCAGUAACUCAGGACCCGUUUACCACACUGCAUGAGUUUCUGGACUGGAGAAAACUCAUACUACUGCCACAAAGACCUCAUGAUAAUGCUCAGCUUAUCAGCGGGGUGUACUUCCAGGGCACCACCAUUGGCAUGGCCCCUAUCAUGAGCAUAUGCACUGCAGAGCAAUCUGGAGGAAUUGUCAUGGACCACUCGGACAAUCCACUGGGAGCAGCCGUGACUUUAGCACACGAGCUGGGCCAUAACUUUGGAAUGAACCACGAUACUCCAGAGCGGGGGUGCGGUUGUGGCAUGACAGUGGAACGUGGCGGCUGUAUCAUGACUCCCUCCACUGGGUACCCAUUCCCCACGGUCUUUAGCACAUGCAGUAAGAAGGAUCUGGCAGCCAGUCUGGAGAAGGGAGUUGGUAUGUGUCUCUACAACACGCCAGAGGUGAAAGUGCUGUACGGGGGACAGAAAUGUGGCAACGGCUAUGUGGAGGAAGGAGAGGAGUGUGACUGUGGAGAGCUCGAGGAGUGCAUGAAUCCAUGCUGCAAUGCUACUACCUGCACUCUGAAAGGAGACGCUGUAUGUGCCCAUGGACAGUGCUGUGUGGACUGCAAGCUGAAGCUUGCUGGAACCCCCUGCAGAGAUUCAAGUAACUCCUGUGACCUUCCUGAGUUCUGUACUGGUUCUAGCCCUCACUGCCCAGCCAACGUGUACCUGCACGAUGGACAUGCAUGCCACACUGUUGACGGCUACUGCUACAAUGGCAUCUGCCAAACCCACGAACAGCAGUGCAUCACACUGUGGGGUCCAGGAGCCAAACCCGCCCCGGGUAUCUGCUUCGAGAGGGUGAACUCGGCAGGAGAUCCCUAUGGCAAUUGUGGGAAGGAUUCCAAAGGGUCCUUUGCCAAAUGUGAAGCACGAGAUGCUAAGUGUGGAAAAAUCCAGUGCCAGGGAGGUGCCAGCAGACCCGUCAUUGGUACCAACGCCGUGUCCAUAGAGACCAACAUCCCCCUUCAAGAGGGGGGACGUAUACUUUGUCGGGGGACACAUGUUUACCUCGGUGAUGACAUGCCUGACCCAGGAUUGGUCCUGGCAGGCACAAAGUGUGCUGAAGGCAUGAUGUGUUUAAACAGACAGUGUCAGAAUGUCAGUGUGUUCGGAGUGCAUGAGUGUUCCGGAAAGUGCCACGGCAGAGGGGUUUGUAAUAAUAAGAAAAACUGCCACUGUGAGGCUCACUGGGCACCACCAUUCUGUGAGAGGUCGGGGUUUGGUGGCAGUGUGGACAGCGGACCAAUGCGAACAGCAGAUGUGCGUGCGUGUGUAUUAAUGUGUGUGUUGUCUUAUGUAACAUCAGCUGAUAGCCAGGCUGUCGCCACCGGCGUAGUGGUCACUGUUCUCUGCCUGCUUGCUGCAAGCGUACUCAUCUGUCUUAAAAGGAAGACUGUACUCCAGCUGCUCUUCACCAACAAGAAGAACGCCAUACAGAAGCUCAGAUCAGUGGGCUGGAGGAGAACACCCAGUCCCUCACACUCACAGCCCGUGUACAGAGAAUCCCCCUCUCACAAGUCCCCAUCCAUUGCUGCUAACUAUAGGUUUGACAAGCCAUGUCAUCUCAGUGCAGAGCCUCUUUUGCCUUCUCCUUCAUUCCAUUCACACAGUCUGCGACGAUUACCCCAGUGUUCUGCUCAGUGCCAGCCCCUUCACAUCAGCCACCCCAUGCCAAUAACUGUGGGUAUGGGUAUUGCUACUGCCCUACAGAACCCACCUCCUGUACCUCCUCACAGACCUCUGCCCAUUCACUUUCAGUCUCCGGUUAUAGCAUCUCCUUUUCUUACCCUGCCACGACCACCAGCCUACAGGGCCAGCCAGGACCACGAAAAGCCCAGUCCUCCCCAGAAGCCACUGCCUGCAGACCCCCCAAACAGAAGUUACAGAAUGGCACCCAGCACAUUAGCAACUGGAGUGCACACACCAAGGACUGGGGCACCGUCCAUUCCAAUACCAACUGUACCCCAGCCUCCACCUAGUAUACCACAGCCAGCAAGGCCAACACCAAGACAACCACAUUUUCUGUAUGAACGCUGAUGUGAAAUCCCAGUGAAAUAAGGAAGAUCACCAGCGUAUGAACACUUUUAUUUGCACUAUACAAAUUCUAGUGGACCCACUGCACACCCUUGUGGAACUCCUAAGUGUCUCUGAGUCUCAGAAAGAGAGAAACAGCUAACACCUUGGUGCUGUCUCUCAGAAAAGGUGCUCAGCGUCCUCACUCAGGUACUCUAGAACUAAGAUGUAUAUUUAUUGUCAGAAAAACACGAUGCACUGUGCUCAACGCUUUUUGUAUGGUAGUGUUGGACUGAUUUUUACUACCAUGUUUGUGCUCCUCUUUUUUGUCUACACUAUGAACACUUUAAAUGUAUUAGGAGCACAACAUGGGACAUUGCUAUAAAUAAAACUGUAAAUGGGUGCUGUAAUGAUAGUAGUAGACCUUUAUAGAAGCUACAGCAAAAAGAAGA